CCGCCAGAACCGAGAGGGCCGAGGCCGACAAACCCGUUCUGCGGGCUGCAGGGCAGCGAGAGGGCGGAGGCCCGGCCCCGGCCCGCGGGGACUCAGGCCCUGUCUCUGCUCGGCGCAGCCUGGCAGGAACCCCUCGGGAACCCAGCUCGGCAUGGCAGCCGCCAGCUUCGUGCAGGAGGUGAGCGCCGUGGGGCAGAGGCUGCUGCGCAAGCUGCAGGGGCUGCCGCAGGCGGAGCCCGUGGAGAUCGUGGCCUUCUCCGUCAUCGUCCUCUUCACAGUCGCCGUGCUGCUGCUGCUGCUGGUCGCCUGCAGCUGCUGCUGUGCCCACUGCUGCUGCCCGGAGCAGAGGGGCAGGAAGGCCCAGGCGCGGCGGUGACUCCACCGUGAGGGACGGAGGCCGACCGAGGAGACGCUGGAGAGGAGUCUGCCGGGGCCACGGCCCGGGUGUCAGCCUGGCCCUGCCGUCCUGACCCCUCAAGACCGAGAUCCACUGUCACAGCGCUGGCCCUGCCCAAGAACUGGACCGAGAUACGGGGAAAGCUGGUCAAGAGGAAACAAGGGCUGUUCCGGUCCUAAGGCUUCCCUCCCCCUGCCAGUGAACAUGGUGCGGAGGAGGGGCCGACGGUGUCACGGUGUCACGGACAGAGUCAAGCGCCAGGGUGCGGCCUACCUGCACUUGUCAACGAAACACAGGAGCGGGUUGCUGCCCUGCGGGGAGCUGGCCCUGGGGUUCUGCUGCACCACGCCGAAGAGGAGCGCCCGACCAUGGGGACUUUGUGCAGUGGCGGGGGGACCCCGCGCCCCCCACCAGCGCGGGCCGCACAGAUAUUCCAGCCAGUGUGGGCCUGUCUCUCCCCAGCAACAGCUUUUCGGGGGUGUGUUUCUGUGGCACCGGGCCCCCGGGCUGUGCCCCGUGCAUCAGCAAGGUCAUGUGCCAGAACUCCAGGGGCGUGACCGGUGGCUGUCUUUUCAGGCCCCUGCUCUCCCUGUGCCCGUGAAAGCUGCAAAAGGCGCAGGCGCGAAGCCACCCGGGAGGGAAUGCCGAGGAACCAGUGAGGCGGGUGGGGGAGCUCCGGUCAAGCACCAGCUGCUAACGAGCUCCGACCCCCAGACGCCCACUCCACAGUGACGGACGCUGUGUGUGUGCCCCAGGCAGGUGCUGGCCCAGAGGUGCCACUUAACAGCGUCCACUGCCAUGAGCUCGGGCGGGCACAGCUUGCACUAGCAGGCUCACCUUGCACUAGCAGGCUCAGGCCACCGAGUUUUCCCAAACUUCUGGAGAAAGAGAAGACAGGUCCGGCCCCUAGAACUGACCACGACCUGUGUCCCGACGCCUUCACCCUCCCCCAUUUGUGUGCCAGACUGUCUGGGUUCAAGCCUCCCCCUCCCCUAGUCGCCAGCUGUGGGAAUGCAGGUGAGUUACGCCACCUCCCUGAGCCACACUUUCUCCCCGUGACGUGGGGCCAGUCCUGGUAACUGCCUCCCGGGGCGAGCCCGUGGGGAUCAGCUAAGGUGACCUAGGUCGAGCACGUGUGAGCCCUGCAGGUGUGAGUGGCUCCUCUUCAUGGGGGCCGGCCCCGAGCGACACGGGCCGUUGUAACGGCGGGUCCUGCUGAAAUGCAGCCCGGCCCUCCCGCCCGCUCCACCCACUUUCCCCGCCAGAGAGCUUUCCAGGCAGAGGUGCGGCCCAGGGGUGACGGCAGGGGAGGGACGGCUCCGCGCCACCUCCCCUCCUGCCCACCGGACCCCGGGGCCAUAAAGGGUCCCCGUUUUUCACACGCCUCUGUCGUCAUGGCCUGGGCAGCCCUGCUCUGGCUGCUUGGGGACAGAACCCGGUCUGCUCAGAAAACAGGGAGUGGGGAGGGGACGCCAGCCGCUGCCACCACCCGUCACCACCCCCCUGGAGCUGGCGGGCAAGCGGAAGCCGUUUCUCUGGCUGGCUUCACUUCCUGGCGUCCCGGGACUUGUCGGUUUGGUUUCGGCUGAAGCCCGGAGAGGAAGUGCUUGCA